AUGGCAAAUAAAAUACUGUCAAUAGCUGAUCUUGAGGAGGCGGCUUCCAACUCACUAUCCGUCUCCGCAAGAGACUUCUUCAACUCCGGCGCAACGAACCAAGUCACACUUCACGACAAUUAUGCAGCGUAUAGAAAGUAUCGUCUCUUGCCAAGAGUUCUGAGGGAUGUUUCACUUGUCGAUACUGGAAUUUCCCUCUUUGACCGAGACAUUAAAUUUCCGCUCUGUGUCUCACCUGCCGGAAUGCAGGCUAUGGCUCAUCCAGAAGGCGAGCUGGCCACAAGCCGAGCCUGUGCCAAAAUGGGCGUCAACAUGGGCGUCUCCUCCUAUGCCAACCACUCGGUUGAAGAGAUCACCGUCGCUGGAAAAGAAGUGGGGACAAUUCAUCAUGUGAUGCAGCUUUACGCGAUGAACGACAAAGCUAAACAAGAGCGAAUCGUCCGUCGAGCUGAGGCUGCGGGGUGUAAGGCUAUAUUCCUGACUGCAGAUAGUCCCGUACUUGGGGUGCGCUGGAAUGAAUGGCGAAAUGGAUUCAUGCCUCCAGUUGGCUUGGGGUAUCCGAUGUAUGAGAGAUCAUCUACCGAGAUUCAGCAGCAAUCUCACGAUGAUGGGUUUAGCUCAACAAACUCGGAUUCCCAUUCCUGGGCCACAGAGAUACCGUGGUUACGCAGAGUGACGAAGAUGGAGAUUUGGAUUAAAGGUGUUCUCACCCCGGAAGAUGUCGAGAUAGCUAUUGAAUAUGGCUGCGAUGGUAUUAUCAUCAGCAAUCAUGGUGGUCGGCAGCUGGAUGAAACACCGGCCACAAUCGAUGCGCUUCCUGCCUGUGCUAAGGCGGCGCGGGGGCGGAUCAAGAUUCAUAUUGAUGGUGGAAUUCGAUCCGGGGUGGACAUUUUCAAAGCCUUGGCUCUUGGCGCUGAAUGUUGCUGGGUUGGUCGUCCUGCGCUGUGGGGACUUGCGUAUGACGGUCAACAAGGAGUCGAGUUGAUGCUUAGGAUCCUGUUCGACGACUUCAAGCGAUCGACCAUAGCAAACGUGACUCCAACAACUUGUUUGCACAGUAUGCAGUCCGAGAAAGGUCCGCUUCUGGAUGUAAACGAAGUCUACGAUUCCGAGGACAAUGGCUUUGUUUCUAGCCACACCCGGCACAAUAAGCUACAAAGAACCCGCUCUUGCUGGGCGAGAACCCUGAGGAAAGGGCUCUGCGUCUUUGUGAUCACCGGUCUUAUUACCUACUAUCUAGGUUUCCCGAAUGGCUCUCCAUCUACUGAGAAGAAGCCGUCCCCGCACCCCGAGGCUCCCCCGCUUUGCCAGUCGCAACAAUGCAUUCAUGCUGCAUCCGAAAUUCUCUAUAAUCUGGACCCCAACUAUGAGAACAUAGAUCCCUGCACUGAUUUUGACCAAUAUGUCUGCGGUGGAUGGAGGGAGCGCCAUGACAUGCGGCCCGAUCAGGGAUCGAUAUUUGCGGGCACAAUCAUGAAAGAGAAUGCCCAGACCAAUCUUCGUCAUAUAUUGGAGCGUACAGAAGCGCCACCGUCAUCUGAUGCUGACAAUCUCAAGAAACUGAAAGCUGCAUACAAUGCUUGCUUGGAUGAGGCUACUGUCAACGAACGGGGCAGUAAGCCUUUGACUAAUAUUCUGGACGAACUGAAGACCAUCUAUCCCGCAAAGGCAGGGCUUGUGAAAGGAGCGCAGGAUCAACUCACCAGUGCUCUGUUGUAUCUGGCGAAUGCUGGUGUUGAGGCUCUAGCUUCUUCCGGUGUUACUCCCGACGAUAGAGACCCUGAUAAUGUUGUUAUCAUGGUCUCGCCGCCUCGUAAAAUCGGACUUCCCGCAAGAGAAUACUAUAAUAACACAAAGACCGUGGCUGACUACACGACCGUUUUGAAGCAAGUUGUUCGGGGACUUGUUGGAGAUGGAUUGGACAAAACUGCCGAGGAUGUUGUCGCCUUCGAAAAAAAGCUCGCGGAUGUGACUCCAGACACCCAAACCCAGGAAGAUGUCACUAAAUACUACAACCCCCUUACGGUCAAGGAAACGGAGGCACUGGUACCUGAAAUCUCUUUUGCUAAUAUUAUUUCAUCUUUGGCGCCCCAUGACUACAAAGGUGACCGCCUAAUUGUUGGGUCGCCUUCCUAUAUGAAAGCAUUGUCUGUUCUCUUGAAAGAUACACCCAGAGAGACCAUCCUGCUAUUCUUACAGUGGAAGCUCAUCCAAGGGUUUGCGGGUGUUAUUGAGGAUGCUUCCAUUGAACCGCUUCGGCGAUUCGAGAAUGAACUUGCCGGGAAAGAGCCUCAAGCCAAGGAGGAGCGAUGGCGUAAAUGCCUUGGGCAUCUGGAUGAAGGGCUUGGAUGGAGUCUCAGCCGUUUCUAUGUGCUCGAUGCGUUCUCCGAGGACUCGAAGAAACUCGGCGACCAGAUUGUUUCCGAUAUCAAGGAAAGAUUUAUCUUCACCCUGGACCAAACUAACUGGAUGUCUCCGGAUGUGCGAAAAUUGGGGAUUGAGAAGGUGGGAAACAUCAUCCAAAAGAUCGGAUUUCCCACAAAGAGUCCCAAUGUUCUAGACCCCGAAGACGUGAACAAAUUCUACCGGGAGCUGGAAUUGUCCAAAGACACUUUCUUUGAGAAUGAAGUGGCCGUGGCGAGGUUCCAACUUCGCGGCGAAUGGUCUAAGCUCGGAAAGCCCACCAACCGUGACGAAUGGGGCAUGAGUGCACCGACUGUCAAUGCGUAUUAUAACCCGCCAGGUAAUGAGAUCGUCUUCCCUGCCGGCAUUAUGCAGCCGCCAGCGUUCUAUGGACCUUCCGCUCCGUUGUAUCUGGCAUACGGUGCAUUUGGUGCUGUCAGCGGCCACGAACUUUCACAUGCUUUCGAUUCCACCGGUCGGCACUACGAUGAGAGUGGAAACUACACUGACUGGUGGGACGAUAAGACCGUUGAAGCAUUUGAAGAGCGUGCUCAAUGUUUUGUCGACCAGUAUUCUAAGUUUACCGUCACUGGUCCCGAGGACAAGGUCCUCCACGUGAAUGGACGGUUGACACUGGGGGAGAACAUUGCCGAUGCCGGAGGUUUGACAGCAUCAUACCACGCAUGGAAAAAGCACGAUGACGCAAAGUCUGACCUCCACCUCCCGGGAUUGGAUGCAUUCACCAAAGAGCAGCUGUUCUUUAUAUCUUAUGGUAAUUGGUGGUGUGGAAAGACUACCAAGGAAGCGGCCGAGCAGGCGAUCUAUAACGAUCCCCAUGCGCCUAAAUCAGCACGAAUUAUCGAGACUAUGGCCAACUCUAGGGAGUUCAAGAAUGCCUUUAGUUGCCCGGAUAGGAAGCCGGUUUGCAAGCUCUGGUAGUUUUUGACUAGAUU